AUGGCUAAUAUAACUUAUAAUCAAUUAUUAGAGCAGAUGGAAAAUCAAAGCAAUAUUAGAAAUAUAUCUGUGAUUAGCCAAAUAGAUCAUGGAAAAUAGACUCUAAUAGAUCGUAUGCUUCGUAGAGCUGGCAUAAAUCUGAUGGAUCAGUCUCGAGAAGAAAUAAUGAUAAAUAAAUGUGCUAACUUAUCACUAUAUUAUUAAUACGAUAGAUAAUUGAAUGGUACAAAUGAAUCAUUUAUAUUGAAUUUAAUUGAUCCUCCUUAAAUUCCAAAUUUAUGUUCUGAUUCUAUUUUAGGUUUGAGAAUAUCAGAUGGAGUCUUAAUAGUAGUUGAUUAUGUUGAGGGAGUUUGUACACAAAUAUAAUCUACCUUAUAACUAAUUAUGAAAGAGAAGAUCAAGCCAGUGUUAAUGAUUAAUAAAUUGGACAGAGCAAUUUUAGAAUUGUAAUAAGACGGUGAAACAAUUUAUCAAUCUCUGGUAGAAAUAAUUGAAAGAAUAAAUGUGAUUUUAUAUACUUACUAAUAAGAUGAUAUGGUAGAUCUUUUAAUUAAGCCAGAAGAAGGACGAGUUUCAUUUGGAUCAGGUAAGGAAGGCUGGGCAUUUACAUGUUGCUAAUUUUCUGAAUUAUAUGCUAGUAAAUUUAAUACUGAAUCUAAAAAAUUAUAAGAAAAGUUUUGGGGAGAUAAUUAUUUUGAGACUGAAACAAAAUGUUGGAAAAAAGAUAAUAAUAGUAAUACAGGUAAAGAAUUAAAAAGAGCGUUUGUUGCUUUUAUUUUAGAUCCAAUUUGUAAAAUAGUAAAAGCAAUUAUGGAUGGAAAUAUAGAAGUUGUAAAAAAGAUGUUGAAUUCAUUAAAAAUAGAAUUGAAUGAAGAAGAGUCAAAUUUGGUUGGUAAAAGUCUACUAUAAGCGGUGAUGUCUAAAUGGCUUAAUGUUGCAGAUAAUUUGAUUUAAAUGAUAAUUUUACAUUUACCAUCACCUAAAUAAGCUUAGAAAUACCGAACGUCAUAUUUGUAUGAAGGUUCAUAAAUAAAUGAUGUUGCAUAAUCUAUAAGAGAUUGUAAUCCAAAAGGUCCUUUAGUUAUUUUUAUAUCAAAUAUUUUAUAUGUUGGUAGAGAAAAGUCAAUUGCUUUUGGAAGAAUCUUUUCAGGAACAAUUAAAUUAGAUUAGAAAAUCAGAAUAAUGGGACCCAAUUUUAAACCAAGUUCAAAGGAAGAUAUGUUUAUUAGAUAGAUAGGAAGAGUCGUUUUGAUGACUAGUAAAAGAAUUGGAUGUAUUGAAUCAGAUAUACCAUGUGGAAAUCUUAUUGGAUUAAUUGGAGAUUGUCAUAUGUUAACUCACUCAAGNAUAAUUACAAUAAAAUGGCUAAUAUAACUUAUAAUCAAUUAUUAGAGCAGAUGGAAAAUCAAAGCAAUAUUAGAAAUAUAUCUGUGAUUAGCCAAAUAGAUCAUGGAAAAUAGACUCUAAUAGAUCGUAUGCUUCGUAGAGCUGGCAUAAAUCUGAUGGAUCAGUCUCGAGAAGAAAUAAUGAUAAAUAAAUGUGCUAACUUAUCACUAUAUUAUUAAUACGAUAGAUAAUUGAAUGGUACAAAUGAAUCAUUUAUAUUGAAUUUAAUUGAUCCUCCUUAAAUUCCAAAUUUAUGUUCUGAUUCUAUUUUAGGUUUGAGAAUAUCAGAUGGAGUCUUAAUAGUAGUUGAUUAUGUUGAGGGAGUUUGUACACAAAUAUAAUCUACCUUAUAACUAAUUAUGAAAGAGAAGAUCAAGCCAGUGUUAAUGAUUAAUAAAUUGGACAGAGCAAUUUUAGAAUUGUAAUAAGACGGUGAAACAAUUUAUCAAUCUCUGGUAGAAAUAAUUGAAAGAAUAAAUGUGAUUUUAUAUACUUACUAAUAAGAUGAUAUGGUAGAUCUUUUAAUUAAGCCAGAAGAAGGACGAGUUUCAUUUGGAUCAGGUAAGGAAGGCUGGGCAUUUACAUGUUGCUAAUUUUCUGAAUUAUAUGCUAGUAAAUUUAAUACUGAAUCUAAAAAAUUAUAAGAAAAGUUUUGGGGAGAUAAUUAUUUUGAGACUGAAACAAAAUGUUGGAAAAAAGAUAAUAAUAGUAAUACAGGUAAAGAAUUAAAAAGAGCGUUUGUUGCUUUUAUUUUAGAUCCAAUUUGUAAAAUAGUAAAAGCAAUUAUGGAUGGAAAUAUAGAAGUUGUAAAAAAGAUGUUGAAUUCAUUAAAAAUAGAAUUGAAUGAAGAAGAGUCAAAUUUGGUUGGUAAAAGUCUACUAUAAGCGGUGAUGUCUAAAUGGCUUAAUGUUGCAGAUAAUUUGAUUUAAAUGAUAAUUUUACAUUUACCAUCACCUAAAUAAGCUUAGAAAUACCGAACGUCAUAUUUGUAUGAAGGUUCAUAAAUAAAUGAUGUUGCAUAAUCUAUAAGAGAUUGUAAUCCAAAAGGUCCUUUAGUUAUUUUUAUAUCAAAUAUUUUAUAUGUUGGUAGAGAAAAGUCAAUUGCUUUUGGAAGAAUCUUUUCAGGAACAAUUAAAUUAGAUUAGAAAAUCAGAAUAAUGGGACCCAAUUUUAAACCAAGUUCAAAGGAAGAUAUGUUUAUUAGAUAGAUAGGAAGAGUCGUUUUGAUGACUAGUAAAAGAAUUGGAUGUAUUGAAUCAGAUAUACCAUGUGGAAAUCUUAUUGGAUUAAUUGGAGAUUGUCAUAUGUUAACUCACUCAAGUACUAUAUCAGAUCAUCCUGAAUGCCAUUUAAUUAGAUCUAUUAAAUGUUAUGUUUCUCCUGUUGUUAAAGUGUCAGUUUAAACAAAAAAACCUCAAGAUUUACCUAAAUUAUUGGAAAGAUUAAGAUUAUUAGCUUAAACAAACUAAAUGAUAGAAUAUUCAGUAGAAGAUUCAGGAUAGCAUUUUAUAGGUGGACGCAGUGAUUUAGAUAUUGAAAUAGCUUUGAAUGAAUUACAAACAUAUUUAAAUGGUGUUGAAAUAAUAAAGUCUGAUCCGAUUGUUAUUUAUAAAGAAACUAUCACUUCACAUUCUAAAGUAGUUUGUAUGGCUUAAUCUACUCAAAAUUAAAAUGAUAGAUUAUAUGCAUAGGCUGUUCCUGUGAAUGAAAACCUUCAAAUUGCUAUUGAAAAAGGAUUAAUAACAAAUAAUUAUAGAAGCAGAGCUAAUAUAUUAAUAAAUGAAUAUGAUUGGAACAAAGAUGAUGCUCUUAAAAUAUGGGCAUUUGGACCAGAUGACAUUAGUCCUAAUAUUCUAUGUAAUCAUUCUACAGCUGUUGAAUAUAUGAAUGAAAUAAGAGAAUCUAUGGAAUUUGCUUGGUAAAUAUCAACAAAAGAAGGAGCUCUCUGUUCAGAAAAUUUGAGAGGUGUUAGAGUAAACAUUCUAGAUUGUGUUUUAUAAGCAGAUACUAUUUAAAGAGGAGGACCUUAAAUUAUAUAAACUGCUCGUAGACUAUAUUCUGUUUGUGAAUUAACUGCAGAUCCUAGACUUUAAGAACCUAUUUUAUUAACUGAAGUUUCUGUGCCAAAUCAAGUUACAGCUGGUGUUUAUUAAUGUCUUAGUAUGAGAUAAGGUAUUAUAAUCGAGGAAGAAUAAAUAAUAGGUACAUAAUUAACACGUAUCAAAUCAUAUUUACCUGUUACUUAAUCUUUUGGUUUUGCUACACAGCUUAGAGUCUUAACUUAAGGUUAAGCAUAUCCUACUUGUCAAUUUGAUCAUUGGGCUAUUAUUAAUAGUGAUCCAUUUGAAUUAGGAUCGUCAACUAAACAAUUAGUUCAAAGCAUUCGUAAAAGAAAAGGAUUAGAAAUUUAAUUACCUAAUCAAGAAUGAAUUUUAUAUUUGCC